AAUCUUUCAGUAGCAGUUGUCAGGAUAUAUCAGACUAUGUAAAGCUGAUUAAGCAGAUCUUGUAAUAGAGUGUACAAGAUAAUUUCUAAUAAAGUAUUGGUGUUUGUUUGUGUAAUUUGUCUCUUGUUUUAUCUUCUGUUUUACCUUAAUUGUGUUUGCAUCUGCAUUUACAAUUGGUAUCAGAGCAUGUCACCUAAAUUACCGGUGUGAUCCUUAAGGUGGAGAUGGACACGAUUAUUUCUAUGCAGAAGGCGAGAUCAUGCUGAAUGCGGACCAGUAUGGUCAUUGGAAGGCUCGCAUGAAGCAGUUGAUUUGAGAAAUCAAUGAAGUGUGGACAUAUGAGAUGAGAAGAAGCCAAAGCCAAAAGAGGAUUGGUCAGAGGCAGAGUGCAAUGCAUCAAAAUUUAAUGCAAAUGUGUUGUCGGUAAUUUUUGGAGCCGUUGAAACAGAACAAUUGCAGCUGAUUCAAAGGAGUACUUCAGUUUAAGAGGCAUGGGAGAUCCUGCUGAAUUCGUUUGAAGGAGAUAAUAGUGUCAAGAGGACACGUCUGGAUCAUCUUAGGUCACAAUUUGAGAAUCUCAGGUGGUCUGAUAAUGAUUUGUGGCUAACUUCACUGCCAAACUCAGUGUCAUGGCGCAUGAAGCAUGUGUACUUGGAAAGAAGUACAAUGAGAAGCAGCUGGUAAAGAAGUUACUACGAUGUCUUCCAACAAAGUUUGGAGGUCAUAAGGUGGUCUUGAAUAUGACCACAAACACAGAUGAGCUCAAGUGACAAACUUGUGGAUAUGCUGAAAGCAGAAGAGAUGGAGACAUACAGUAGCUCGAUCUCUGCGUCAGGUGGUGCAUCAAGGAGUAUAUCGCUUGUUGCUGACAAAGAAGGUGACACAUCUCUGAAUCUUGAAGAUGCCAUGGGGAUGUUGACUAGGAAUAUUGGUAAGAUGAUGAAUCCCUCUGGUUGGAGGAAUCACUAUUGUCGCUGGAGGUGAUCAUAGCAAUGGUAGAAGAAGAAAAUGUCUUAAGUGCUACGAGUAUGAAGGAGUUGGUCAUAUAAGGGCUGACUGUCAUGUAGCACAACAAAGAGAACUUAAGUGUUCUGAGUGUAGAGGUGUUAGACACACUCGGCGUGAAUGUCCAAACUCAAAGAAAGAAAAAGGCGUUCCAUUGCAGUCGUUAGAUGAUUCAGAGUAUGUAGAAGAUGGAAAGGUAUUGAAGAACCUUGUUGCAUUUGGUGUACGCAAGGAGGAAUUCAGUGAAUCCUCGGAUUCAGAUAUUGAUACAGACUCUGAGGAUUAUCACGUGAUGCUCAACAAAUGGUUUCAGCUCAAGGAUCAGAAUUUGAGAUAGGAGAAUGUGGCUCAGAAGCAAACCAAUUUGCUUGAAGAAGUGCUUGAAGAACUUGCGACUGUAAAUAAAGAGAAGAAUGAGUCUCUUGAGCAGGAAGUUAGCAAGCUCAGGGAAGGAUCUAUUGGUGAAUGAGAGAGAGCAAGGAUGCUGGAAGAUGAUUUGGCUGAGAAUCACAAGCGGGUCAGGAUGCUCAAUAGUGGAACCAAUGAUUUGGAUAAGACACUUUCGAUGGGACAACCAACUAAGACAAAAUGGGGACUGGGAUACCGAGGAGCUCAGAGUACUGGCGUACAUCAGAAGGGGUUGUCACACUUCGUGCGAGGAAGCACAUCAAAAAGUGAAGCUAAAGAAGUUCGUCCAAAAGUACGCCGGGACGUACGACAAAGAGUACAACAGGAAGGUCUACAACACGUAGAUGUGAGUAACAAGUCGAAGACAAUACAUCACUACAGCAACAUGAAUGUCAGACAAGAGUUUCUGAAACAUGAUUGUGCAUCUGGUACAAGGAAGGAGACUGAUCAGUGCAUCAUCAACUGUGUCAGGCCAAACAAGAAGCAACAUCGGAUGUGUUGUUGGUUCUAUGGGAAGGUUGGACACAAGAAGGUGAUGUGUUUUGCUCGUGAGAAAAGCAGAAACAUGGCCAAGAAGGUGAACAAGAUGUUCAUUAAACUCAAGAGGGUUGAAGAGGUAGUCUUAGCCAAGAGUGAUCUUGAGGAAGGUCAAGAAGCAUCAAAUCUGGAGCCAGGACACGGAGUUGAUUAUGGUACAGAGUGGAAUGAGAUCAAAGUGCGCCAGGAAGUGAUGCGAGAUGAUCUUCAUGAGGAUGAUAAUGAAAUCACUCCAAGACAAUAGCAAUGAGUGCAAAGUGCACUCGGUGCGGAUGGAGAAAGGCUCAUGGUCAAGAAGACUACACAUAAAGGAAGCCAAGUCCUCAAUAGAAGCUAGUCGAAGAGUAGUUCGACAUGUGCGUCAGAUUGUGAUGCAGUACUUGUAAUAUAUUCUACUGCAUGAGGAGUAUAAACUAAAAAAUUAAUCAAAUACUUACUAUUUUUUUGAUAUAUUUUAAUAAUUUUGUUAUGUGUGAGCCAUCCACCUAAUAAACUGUACAUUUAAAUAGUAAUAUUUUAAAAAGUAACUUUAUUGACAUUUAUUUAAAUAAAUUCAUAAUUCUGAAAUAACAAUAACUUUUUGAGAACAUCAAAAUUAUUUAUGCGCAUAGGAAAUAAAUCCUUUUAUUUGCUUAUUGGAAAAUGAACGAGUCUAAAGCUUUUACACAUAUUAUAUGAGAAAAACUUGGAUUUUUCUAAAUUAGAUUCGUUUAAAUCGGAACAUAUUAACGUGAGUUUCUAAAAUUAGAUUUUUGUUAUGUAUAUAUGUAAGAAUACUUUGUAUGAUGUAACAAAUAGAAUAAUUCAUCUCUUUCCUAAACUUUUAACUCACUAUCAAUCCAUUUCUAUAAUCCAAGAUGAGGAAAUCCGUUCAAAUCUUGUCUACAUUCUUAAUCAUCUUCAUUAUUCUCUCACUAGGAAUGAUGGCAGAUGCGAAAAAACAGUGUCCAUAUAAAAUUCCAAUUAAUAAAAAAUUCUCGUAUUGUGCUGCAACACACUGUUUGGCUGAUUGUAAGAAGCAACAUGGAGCUGAUGCUAGUGGUAGUUGUUCCGAAGAAAAGGGAUUUUGUAAUUGCGUUGCUAAUUGCAAGGGUUCUCGCUAAGUGUUGUGAAUAUAAUAAUAUCCAGCCAAAGUUUUAUACUAUCUUUUUACCAAUAAAUAUCUAAAUGUUAAAAUGUUUGUCUCAGAUUUGUGGAUCUAUUUAUAAUAAAUAAUAAUAAGAGAAUUUAAUACAUACAAAUGUGAAUAACAAGAUUGUACUUUAAAUAAAAUAAAUGAUCACAAUAUUAUUAGAUGUAUCCAAAAAUAUGUAUAUGAUCAAAAAAGUUUAAGACGAGUUUUAAAAGAUAGCGAUGAAAUCACAACUAAUAUUUAAAUGAUAUAUCAUCAUCACCUAACAUGUCAAUUUUGUGUACAUUGUAAAGAUAUAAAAUAAAAAUAGCAAGACUAGAUUAACUACACUAAAUAAAAGGCACUUAUUUGAAGGCCUCUGUAAAUGUCUACAUGAGCUAAAAUUUGAAAACUACGUAGGGCUCGACUCUAACCGGUUAAUAGUAUUAUUCCAAACCAUCAUAAUGAUCUCUUAUAAUUAAUUUGGUUCACCUACGCAAUUCUGAGAACACUAUUUGUUAAUGCGAAUUAUUAGUUUCAAUUUAUGCAUCCAAUGACUUUUCUUUAGGACAGUUUUAGAUUAAUAGUUUAUAUAUUCGACAUGUAUCAUGUAUGAUAAACCGGACUGAAAGUUUUGUUUAUGUUAAGUUUAAAAAUAAGACUAGUUUAAUAUCGUAAAUUGUUCUUGGUUUAUCCUAAGAUGUACAAAAUCUGCUUGCUUUGGUAAACAAAACAUGAAAAACUUUUGAAUCGGCUCUAUUAGACUUUACGUAAUCAACACAAUAUGAUUUAGGUAUCCAAACGAAAUAAUAGUUUGGAUUAGAUCUGAUAUAUAUAUAUAUAUAUAUAUACUAGUUUAAGAUCCGCGCAAUUGUGCGGGGCGAAUGUUAUAUAUAAAACUAACUUUUAUCUAUUAUUAUUUAUUUGUAUUCAUUUAUGUAUUAUGUAUAUAAUUAAAUUAGAGUAAAGACAUAAAUUAAAACAAUAUAUCUUGUUUAUUUACGAUAAUGUUUUGGUAAAUUCAUUAAAACAAUCAUUUUAUUUAUUUUAUAUGGUAUAUAACUAAAUUUCAAUGAUAUGGAGAUAGAUAUAUAGUAUAUUUUAAUAUAAAUAUUUAUUAUUGAGAAUUCAUACUCACAUGAUAACACAAAAUUUCUAAUGUGUCAUGUUUUGAAUGCAAAUUUCAAAAUUAAUAUGUUAAGGUUUCAAUACUUUUUCAAUACAAAUUUAGAAAUAACCAUAUUUUAAGUAUUUUUCUAUGUUAUAUAAUUUAAUUUUAAACUAUAUUAAUAUGUAAUAUGAAUGUCUACUAAAUGACACUUCAUAUUCUUACGAUUUAUGGUCAUUUGUAUCUUGUUAUUAACUUUCACAAAACUUUAUUGUGACACAUUUAGUAAUUUAUAGUCGUUUUAAAAAUUAAAAAAAUGAUUAAUGUGGUUGUUUAAUAUCUUUUAAUGAUAUAAAAUUAAACAAAAAGAGCUAAGAUACAAAAGUUAUUUAUCAAAUAUUUAUUAUUCAUAAUCAUUGAUUUUCACAUUACGUUAAUCAUAUUAGGUAAUUCUGUAGCUUUUAUUUAAGAAAAGUGAGAGAAUAUUCUUUUGUAUACUAUUUAUCAAUUUAAUAGUUAGUUUAAUAAAAAUUUAUUAUAAAUUAAGAUAGACCAACCAAUUUCUCUAAGAAUUGUGAAUUUCGUUUUCAUGGUGACACGUGACUAGAAAACGAUGUUGUAAUGUUUCUCAAUUAAUAUAUAAGGAAUAUAUAUAUGUUUAUUAAUGACAGGUUCAUUAAGUUUUAAUUCGAGUUUGCUGAAUGCAAUAAUACUGGUGGCCCACUUAAACCGAAAACAAUGUAUAUGCAUAUUAAUGUAAUGUUUGAUGCCUUGUUAAUUUACAAAAACAUCAUUACUGAAGAUCUUAAGAUUAGUUAUAAAUUCAGUGACAAAAGUUGUAAAAUACCUCAUAAGAAUAGGGUUAUCUUAUAUUUAUAUAGUACAUUUGUUUUAAUGGGAUACAUAUAUAUAUAUAUAUAUAUAUUUCCUCACACUAACAAAAAACGUUUUGUCCAAUUUUUGACAUAGGUUAGUUUAGUUAUUUAUACAUCAAAUACAUCUAGUCUAUUAAAACAGAAGUACAUUCUGUACUUAACCCUAAGUUUUACUCAAUAUUUACAUUCCAUGCCACUCUUUUUAAUUAAAGAUUAUCUAAUUAAAUAUAACACAUACACAAAUAAUAUUUAUUAUCAGGCCAUGCAAAUCCAAAAUGUGAUUCUCUAACAUAUAUUUUGCUUUAAUUAACUACAUUGCCUUAUAAAUCAAAAACGUAUUUAUUAUCUUGCCAUAUAUUUCUCUAUUAUUAAAACUAUAUUGCCAUGUAAAUCUAAAACACGAUUAAUACAUUAUUAUCAUCUAAAUAAACUACAUUGCCAUUAUUAUAUUCCAAAUAUAUAGAUCAUGUCCUAUGUGUGAUUACUCCUAAAUAUCAUUCCAAUUUUUUUUAAUUUAAAAAAUCUUCAGGUACAAAUAAAUAAUCCAUUUUUAUAAUUUACAAUAACUAAACUGAAAAAGUAUUAUAAUUUUGUAUGUGAGUAACAUAAAUUCGACAUAAACGAAAAAUUUCGAAUAAAAUUUUGUAUUACUAGCUGUUUUAUACGAAUUAAAAAACAUUUAAUACACAUAUUAAUAUAUAAAAUCAAUAUGACUGCUUUUUAAUGUUUAAUUAAUAUUGAACAUAUAUUUUUGUCAAAAAAUAAGUUGUCCAUUUAUAAUAUAGAUAUAAUUACUAAUUUUAACAUUUAAAAUAGAGAAAUUUCCAAUAAUAGCCCGUUUUAGUUUUUCUAUAAUUGCCUGUUUUAGUUUUUACUAAUUUUAACAUGUAAAAUAGAGAAAUUUCCUAUAUUAAUUUAUAUUUAUAUAUUAAAAACCACUGAAGAGUCUUUUUUUACCUCCUUUGAACAAUAUUCUCUCAAAUGUCUUUUAAUCUUUUUCUUCUUUGAAGACAUUUUGGUGAUAAAAACUUAAAAAAAAAAUGAUAUUGAGAAAAUUACCUUUUUAAAUAUUAGGGUUUGAGCACAAUAUAAAAUUAGCAGAAAAAAAAAAUUAUACUUGAAUGUAUUUGUAAUCAUUUAUUUGUGAUACUAAUACAUUCAAUACAAUAAUAAUCAAACAAUAAUCUAAUAUUGUUCGAUCACAGUAAAUAAAAUGCAGUAAUUACCAAUAUAUUAUAAGGUAACAAUGAUUUUACAAGUUAAAAUAAAUAGCCGCGUCGGCGCGCAGGUCAGACUCUAGACAUGUAUUUAUUUAAAAAAUCAAAUAGAUCAGAUAUGAACUUUAUAUAUAUAUUUCAAUAAAAAUAUUUGGAAUGUAAUUUAAUAAAACUUAAAAGUAUAUCUAGAUCUCUAAUAUUUACAUUUUUUUGUUUAAUAUAUCAAAAUAAAUUGAAAAAAAAGUUUGAAGAACGUGAAAACAAAAUUUCUAAUAUUUUGGAAGCUAAACGUAUUGAACAUGAUACACAAAUGUCAAAACUAAGUAACAUAUUAAUCUACAGCAUGAACACAAAAAAACAAGUUGAUAACAUUACAAGAAAUUAGAAUAUAUAAGAACAUAAAAUAAAUACCCGUGCAGACGCACGGGUCAACCUCUAGUUAAUAACUUAAAACGCACAUAUCAGGUUUUGCAAGUUUGCUAGACACGUAAAAGAACUCUUUUUCAUAUCAAACUUUUUUUCUUCAUUUCAUUUUCGCUAAUUUAUUAAAUAUAAGUAAUUAGGUCUAAAAUAAAGUAACUCUAAUUUUCAUUUAUAUAAAAACUAAAUUUUUAUUUAAGAAAUCCAAUUUAUAUAUAUAAUGCAUAAUAUAAAAUACAAAUAUUUACCUUUUUACUAUUGGUUCCAAACCAUAUUUCUUUUUGUUACCAUUCACAUUUUAUCAUUCACCGUUCUUUUGUUUAACCGCUAAUAUUCUGCAGCUUAUAAAACAAUACUUAAACGGGACUGCAUAACAUUAUCCGCUUAUUCCGCUGUUCCCAUUCAGUCUAAAAAUUACUCUUUCUAUCUAAAUCUAAAACUGAAUUCAAUUAAAUUAUUUGAAGAUUGCACAGUUUUCACUAUUCUCUAUUUUAAUGUAUAAACUAAAAAAUUUGAGAACAUCAAAAUUAUUUACUGAUAUCACUUAAAUUACCCUAAGGAGUGAUUUAUACUCUCUCAAAUAAGAGGUCGAGCUGUAUUACUUAGGGAUCGAAUUCGUAGGGAGCUAGAGAACCAAAUAAAUCUAAUAAGAUGGAUUAAGCUAGGUUGAUUUAAUGAUUAAAUGUAAAGUUGCAAGUUUGUGAGCAAGACAAUUGCUCGAUUGAUUUGAUUGGAGUUUUGGUGGAAGGAUGGUUUGCUAGACUUAGGGUCUCUAUCAGGAAAUCAUGAUUAUAAUCCUACAGAUGUCUAACAAGUUGUAUGCAUGAUAUUAUAGAAUUCAACACUUAUAAACAAACCAUUAGGCUCUCGCUUUCUAGGUUUGUCUAUUGACCCACUAUAAGUGUUGAUCGAUGAUUCUAUAAGAAUAUCGAUCGAUACACUUGUUGAACCGUCGACUGAUUAUUCGAUUGAAAUAUCGAUCGAUGCGUUUGGUCAAGUUUUAACGUGCGGGUUGAAUGUACUCACUAAGCUUCCUAGAUCAACUAUCACCUUACUCUAGCAAUCUUAGCUCAAUAAGGAUGGAUUCAGGGUGAGAUGCAAGCUAUCGCUUAUGUCUACAACUCUUAGGGUACGUUCUAGGUAGCUAAUCUAGAAACAGACAUUAAUGAGAAUCCUAAAGAUGAAUAUCACAACUUAACAAUCUAUAGUUGGGACUAAUCCCUCAUAACAUAUCUAAACCCUAAACCUAACAGGUGGAUCUAUUCAAGCAAGAAGUUUGUCACAUUAAUCAUAGAAAGAAUAAAUAAAAUUGCAUUAGAAUAAAUAUAAAAACCAAAACCAAUGGAGUUCCAGGAGGACUCUGGAGGAGUUACUCCAUUCUCUCCUCACUAAGAGAAAACAAUGAAUAAAAUAAAGCUUAGCGGUUAACAAUGGCUUAGAAAACACAUAAAUAGGAUUUUAGGUUGUCCAAGGAUAUUCUGGUAAUUUGUGGUUGCUUUUGGGCUUCAACGGUCAUAAAAUAUGCUCAGUCCAUAUUCUGGGAUCACCGUCGAUCGACACCAAUGAUGUUUCAUCGAUCGACAGUUCUGUAUCUUCUCGACAACUUCCUCUCGCGAGGCAGACUGACCACUCUUCAGUAAAACGGGAAUGACCUCGGCUACAGGAUGCUGAUUAACCUCAAACUGGCGGUAUUGCAAAGCUAACUCAAAGAUCUAUCUUGUUUAAAAAUAUGGGCUCAAUCGAACGGUGGGAAGGUCUCCAUCCAAAGAUAAACAUCUGACGCGUCUGUGCAGCUCUGCAUUCAAAAGGCUCCAAAAGACACCAAAAUCACCAAUUUUCUCCAAAUUGUCUCUGAACCUUUAAAUACCCUAAAUAGACUCUUUAUAGUAGUAAUUAGUUAUUAAAACACUUAUAAACCAUGGCUAAAAGUGAGUAAAAUCCAUGCCUAUCAUUUACACGCAUAUGACACGUACCCUUUUAUUUGCUUAUUGGAAAAUGAACGAGUCUAAAGCUUUUUCACAUAUUAUAUGAGAAAAACUUGGAUUUUUCUAAAUUAGAUUCGUUUAAAUCGGAACAUAUUAACGUGAGUUUCUUAAAUUAGAUUUUUGUUAUGUAUAUAUGUACGAAUACUUUGUAUGUUGUAACAAAUACAAUAAUUCAUCUCUUUCCUACAUUUUUAACUCACUAUCAAUCCAUUUCUAUAAUCCAAGAUGAGGAAAUCCGUUCAACUCUUAUCUACGUUCUUAAUCGUCUUCAUUAUUCUCUCCCUAGGAAUGAUGGCAGAUGCGAAAAAACAGUGUCCAUAUAAAAUUCCAAUUAGUAAAAAAUUGCCGUAUUGUGCUCCAGCACUCUGUUUGGCUGAUUGCAAGAAGCAACAUGGAGCUGAUGCUAGUGGUAGUUGUUCCGAAGAAAAGGGAUUUUGUAACUGCGUUGCUAAUUGCAAGGGUGCUCGCUAAUAUCCAACCAAAUUUUUAUACUAUCUUUUUACCAAUAAAUAUCUAAAUGUUAAAAUGUUUGUCUCAGAUUUGUGGAUCUAUUUAUAAUAAAUAAUAAUAAGAGAAUUAAAUAAAUACAAAUGUGAAUAACAAGAUUGUACUUUAAAUAAAAUAAAUGAUCACAAUAUUAUUAGAUGUAUUCAAAAAUAUGUAUAUGAUAAAAAAAAAGUUUAAGACGAGUUUUAAAAGAUAGCGAUGAAAUCACAACCAAUAUUUAAAUGUGAUAUCAUCCUAACAUGUAAAUUUUGUGUACAUUGUUAAAAAAUAAAAUAAAAAUAGCAAGAGUUGAUUAUCUACACUAAAUAAAAAGCACUUAUUUGAAGGCCUCUAUAAAUGUCUACAUGAGCUAAAAAUUUGAAAACUACAUAGGGCUCGAUUCUAACCGGUUAAUAGUAUUAUUCCAAACUAUCCUAAUGAUCUCUUAUAAUUAAUUUGGUCCACCUCCUUUUAUACGCAAGACUGAGAACACUAUUUGUUAAUGCGAAUUAUUAGUUUCAAUUUAUGUAUCCAAUGAAUUUUCUUUAGGACAGUUUUAGAAUAAUAAGUUUAUAUAUUCGACAUGUAUCAUGUAUGAUAAACCGGACUGAAAGUUUUGUUUAUGUUAAGAUGAAAAAUAAGACUAGUCUAGUAUUGUAAAUUGUUCUUGGUUUAUCUUAAGAUGUACAAAAUCUGUUUGCUUUGGUCAACAAAACAUGAAAAACUUUUGAAUCGGCUCUAUUAGACUAACGUAAUCAACACCAUAUGAUUUAGGUAUCCAAACAAAAUAAUACUUUGGAUUAGAUCUGAUAGGUAUAUAUAUGUCUAUUAAUGACAGGUUCAUUACGUUUUAAUUCGAUUUUGCUGAAUGCAAUAAUACCGGUGGCCCACUUAAACCGAAAACAAUGUAUAUGCAUAUAAAUGUAUUGUUUGAUGCCUUGUUAAUUUACAAAAACAUCAUUACUGAAGAUCUUAAGAUUAGUUAUAAAUUCGGUGACAAAAGUUGUAAAAUACCACAUAAGAAUAGGUUAUCUUAUAUACUACAUUUGUUUUAAUGGGAUACAUAUAUAUCCUCACACUAACAAAAAACGUUUCGUCCAAUUUUGACAUAGUUUAGUUAUUAAUACAUCAAAUACAUUACUAAUAACUUAAAACGCACAUAUCAGGUUUUGCAAGUUUGCUAGAUACCUAAAAGAAAAUUAUUUAUAUGAGAUAAGAUAUGCGUUUUGCGCAAGGUGAAUGUAUAUGAAAAUUAUUUAAAAAAAUAUUGUAUGAAAGAGUAAAAUUUAUAUUCUUGAUCGAAUUAAUAUUUUUGGCCCUUAAACAAAUUUUUUAAAUUUUUUUUGUUAAUUACCUAAUUUGUUUACUGAUGAACUGUUCACAUUUUAAAAAAUAUUUUAGGUCAAAAUAUCACUUAUCGCAUAAGAACCUAACGUUUACGCCGAAGAAUCUCAAGCCUACUAUUUGGUUACAAUGAAACUAUGUCAGCUCGGUGUUAUAUCAUGAUUUAGCAAUUUAAAAUUUAAUUAUGGUUAUGAGAAGUUUACGUUCACGUGUCAAUCCUAUCUAUCUUCAAUAUUUUUCUUAAUUUUGUGUCGUUUUUUCUCAUUUUGGUUAUUGCUCGAUAUAAAUAUUGAUUUUUGAGUUUAUUCUCAUUUCGUUAUUUUGUUUUAGCCUGAGAUUUAAAAAAUGUUUAAGAUUUUAAAAUUAUUUAAAAAAUACAUACUUAAGUAAGAUUCACGUCUUGUGCAGAAUAAAUAUUUUAUAUGUAUUACUUAUUUUAUGUUUUUCUGUAUAUUAAAAGACUGGCCAUUGCAAAGGAUUUGGUUUUAUUCAGGUAGGUUGAGUUAAUGUCAGUCUUGAAUUCUUACUGAUGUGCUUUUUGAUUAACAGAGAUCUUGUCUUUUAAAUACCUUGCAGUUUGCUCGCCUGGAGGAUGCAAGGAAUGCACUGAAUCUGAACGGGCAGUUGGAGAUUGCAGGUCGUGCAAUCAAGGUAUUGGUUGAUCUUAUUUUGAAAUAUUUAUUUAUAUUAACCCGUAAGGCUGUAGAGAGCUGUAGCUGUGUUAAGUAUUUUCUAGACUCUAAAAAACAAGCAUCCUUUGUAAGAAACAAACAUUCAUGUUCUUUCUGCUUAGUGAUGGUACAUUAUUUUGUCUACUAAGGAAAAUGAACCAUGACAACCUGCAUGUUGAAUUUUUUCCCGGAUAUUUAGAGCAGCCAAACAAUUUUGAACCAGAGCCCAUCAAAGCCAAAGGCUUCUAAAUAUGUAUAUUACACCAUAUGUUAUGUCUGUUGAUGAUUUAGUAUCACGUUUCAUUAGGUGUCAGCUGUAACAGAACAACGGUGAUCUGGAUGAUGAUGAUGGACAGGUCCUUGUAAGUAGUUUUCUUAAGCUUGCUAACUUAUCCUCCAAAAGAGAACAUAUCUCAUCGGUAUAUAGGUAGAACUGAAGUGAUCUGUUUCAAAUAAUAGAUAUAGGCACUGCAAUCACGUAGGAUUUGGUAUAUAAUCAACUUAAUAAACCCGUCUUCUCUGCAGCCUCGCUGCAGUGCUAUCUCCAUUGGUGGCUCCUCUCGUAAAAGGGGGUUUUCCGCUGUUGUCGGUAUUCCAGCUGUGGUCGACCCUGUUGGUGCCCCCAGCGAAUGUCUACUGCUUAAAAACAUGUUUGAUCCCUCUACAGAGGUUGGCGAUCUGCUGAACAUUCUCUCGUCUCUUAAUACUUUGUACCUGAAGCUAAUUCUUCUUUACACAUGUAUAUGUUUCGCAGACUGAACCUGAGUUUGACUUUGACGAGCAUAUCAAAGAAGAUGUUAAAGACGAAUGCUCCAAAUUUGGAGAACUGAACCAUAUCUUUGUUGACAAGUGAGUGAACUUUUAGUAUUUUUCAUCCUCCAAAAGAGCAUUACUAAAGUAACAUUUGAUUGCUCGAAACAGAAACAGCAUAGGUUUUUUGUCUACUUGCCAUUUGAAAAUGCGCAAGCAGCAAUGGGAGUGUAACGUGCUCUCCAUGGUAGAUGGUUUGCUGGAAAGAUGAUUACAGCGACUUACAUGGGUAGUACAUGACUUGUAACAUUUUCAAGCUGUUCGGUUUAAUUCUCUACUAACGAAUCUUCUUCCUCUUUUGUGAUGUCAGACUACGAAGCCAAGUUCCCUGAGAGGAAGUAGUUGAUAGAUUCAUGAGAAUGUAAGCCGAGAGAGAUUUUAGGAUUGUUUUUAAAAGCAUCAAUGAAGAUGGUAUUUAAGAUAAUGAAAGCUUGUCGUAUGGCUUGUGUCACGUCUAUUGUUUAUGCUUUCACCCGCUUCUUACAUUAUUAAACAUUCGAAAUUGUGUGUUUGGUUACUUUCAUUGAUACCUUUCUUUAGGUUCAAUUUAAUAUUUUAGGCCAUAAGAAUGUUUCGACUCUUUAUAUUCGGUUCGAAACCAAAAGAAAGUUGACUAUUUUGGUUUGUAUAUAUUCAUAUAUUUUUUUGUUGGAAUUGGUCUUUCACUCUGCCUUAUUAUAAUGAUCUGAACUCUGCCUAAUCACCAAGUCAUAAUCAUUCUUUAAGUAGUUAAUAACAAAUAUAUUAGUUUCAUACCCUAUCAUUAAAAAAAAUCUACUAGCCAAGACCCUUAAUCGUUUGUAUAUUGUCAUGUUUGUAUAAACUGAUUAGAAAAUUUUGGAUAUUCCGGUUACAAUUACAAUUUCUUUUGAUUUUUUUUUUCAAAUGUUUUGGUUUAUGAUAAUUAUAUCUUAAAAUAAUGGAAUACAUUGCUGUAAUUUUGAAAAUACAUACAUUUUUUUUUAACAUAUGAUUUCAAAAGAAAUGGUAGGUUGUAGUCUUGUAGAUGAAUACUUCCCCGGUUAGGUAAACAAUUCGAAUUUAAAAUCGGUUUGGUUUGGAUAGGAAGCGUGAACCGGGCGACAAGGUAAGCAAAAAUCCAAGGGCCCAGAUUGAAUAGUUUGGAUCAUCGGUAAUGCGGGUGGAAUGUCAAGAAAAAAGGAAGAGAGAAAGACGUGAAGAUACAUUAGUGACGAAUAUAUCCUUCCUUGACGCCGCUCCGAGCUUGAGAGAAACAAUCCAUCCCCAGAGGAAGAUCGAACAUUAUUGCACAUAAGAUCGAACGAGAAUAGAAUUGAAAUCUCCUCCUCUUUGCUUUCCGAACUUGGUACUCGCUUCUCUAUCGAUUCGUCAUCUGUUUGAAUCUAUCGAACAUUUCAUCGGCGAGCUAAAUAUGGAGCAUGAGCAAGAUGACCCUGGGGUUGACUUGCCACUUGAUGGUUCAUUGGAAAGUGAGCCUAUAUGUGAUGAUCCAAGUCGUAUAGAUAAGGCUGAUGAUUCAGGAAGCAACGAGCAUCCCAACAUUUAUAGACACGAUAUUGUGAGAAACAACAAGACAGGUAGUAUUGGGGUUGUGAGCGAAGUUGCUGGUGAUUCUGACUCUGAAAGUGAUAUUAGCGAUGAGGAAAAUUAUGGUGGUGAUGAUGAGGACGAUGAUAAUGAUGAUGAUGGGGCUGAAGAGGAAGGGAAAAAGGCCAACGAGGAAAAUGUUGGUCGUGGAGAGAAAAACUACAAAUGUGGUACUCUUGAGGGUGAUCAGAUUCGUGUUCUGUGGAUGGACGACACCGAGCCAGUUCAGGAUGUUAACAAUGUAACAGUUGUAGAUCGUGGUUUCUUACACGGAGACUAUGUUGCUUCAUCUUCUGACCCAACUGGGCAGGUGGGAGUAGUAGUGGAUGUAGACAUGUCGGUAGAUUUACUGGCUCUGGAUGGUUCUACCCACAAAGACAUCUCAACAAAAGAAUUGAAACGCGUCAGGGAUUUUUGUGUUGGUGAUUACGUGGUUCACGGCCCCUGGCUAGGUAGGAUCGAUGAUGUGUUGGACAAUGUGACUGUGUUGUUCGAUGAUGGAUCCAUGUGUAGAGUCCUACGUGCUGAGCCUCUUCAACUCAAACCUGUUUCCCAGAGUAACCUUGAAGAAGACGCAAACUUUCCUUAUUACCCGGGCCAGCGUGUCAAAGCAACCUCCUCGUCGGUUUUCAAGAGUUCCCGUUGGUUGUCUGGAUUGUGGAAGCCCAAUCGCUUAGAAGGUACUGUGACUAAAGUCACCGCUGGAUCUAUUUUUGUCUACUGGAUUGCUUCAGCUGGCUUUGGGCCAGAUUCUGCUGUCUCCCCACCUGAGGAGCAGAGUCCAAGUAACUUGACGUUGUUGUCAUCUUUCACUCAUGCUAACUGGCAAGUUGGUGACUGGGGCCUUCUUCCAUCGGUGAAUCAGUCUGCUACGAUUCCCUUGCACAAGCAUGUUUCUAAAUUACGACUUUAUGAUUCUCAAGCAAAAAGGGCAGACCGGGAACAGAAUAAAUCCGAUUUAGAAGAUGAACUAAGCGAAGAAAAAAGUGAGCCUGUUGGCAUUACUGCUGAAGCUUUGCCAAAAGAAACUACUGUUUCUUCUACUUCUAAGGAGCCUGCGCAUGAACCUUGGCCUCUCCAUCGUAAGAAGAUACGCAAACUCGUUAUCAGAAAGGACAAAAGGGUAAAGAAAAAAGAGGAAAGCUUUGAACGAGCUCUGUUGAUAGUUAACAGCAGAACGCUUGUUGAUGUAGCCUGGCAGGAUGGUACAGUUGAAUGUAGACGGGAAGCAACAACAUUGAUUCCGAUUGAGACCCCUGGCGAUCAAGAAUUUGUCCCUGAGCAGUAUGUGGUGGAGAAGGCUUCAGAUGAUGAUGAUAAUAACACAACUGAACCUAAGCGUGUUGGGGUUGUUAAAAGCGUCAAUGCAAAAGAACGUACUGCUUCUGUGAGAUGGUUGAAGCCGCGUCUAACGGCAGAAGAGCCUCGUGAGUUUGACAAGGAAGAAAUUGCAAGUGUUUAUGAGCUAGAGGUCCAUCCCGAUUAUGACUACUGUUAUGGGGAUGUUGUUGUUCGGCUGUCACCUGUUACCAUGGCCUUACCAGCAUCUUCUGAGGCAACAGAGCAAGACGAUGGGCACCAAGAUGCAGAAUAUCAUCAAGAAGCUAAAGUCCAUGAUAAGGAAGAAAACGAAGUUGAUACGAACAUUCCGGAGCUCUCAUGGGUUGGAAAUAUUACUGGACUUAAGGAUGGUGAUAUUGAAGUAACAUGGGCUGAUGGAAUGGUCUCAACGGUUGGCCCUCAAGCAAUUUAUGUAGUUGGUCGGGACGAUGAUGAAUCAAUUGCUGCAGAAAGUGAAGCAAGUGAUGCUGCUAGUUGGGAAACUGUAGACGACGACAAUGGUGGUGCUCCUGAAGAGGAUCUUGGAAGGGGUAGUUUUCUUGAGGAAAACUCUGAUGCAGGAAACAAUGGUGAGAAUGAUUCUGGGAGGAAUGGUGCCCUAGCUCUCCCACUAGCUGCAGUUGAAUUCGUGACUCGAAUGGCUAGUGGAAUCUUUUCACGUGGACAGAAAGCUGAAGAUUCUUCCAGUUCUAGUCUCACAGAUGACAAUGGAUUGACGAACUCUUCCCACGAGAGGGGUUCUUUCCUUGAUGAUCAUAGUCCUACAAAUUUCAGUGCCACUGAUAACUGUGAUUUAGAGGGAACAGUUGUAGAAAAUGAAGCAGUGGAAAGAUCAGAGGGUGAAAAAUCUGAAGAGCCAAUACCUUCUGAAAGUGAUAGUUGCAGUUUCAAACGCUUUGAUAUAUCACAAGAUCCUCUGGACCACCAUUAUCUUGGCUCAGAUGAGCAGAAAACAAAGGAAAGACGGUGGUUCAAAAAGGUUGAUCAAGACUGGAAAAUACUUCAGAACAAUCUUCCGGAUGGAAUAUUUGUUCGAGUUUACGAAGAUCGAAUGGAUCUGUUAAGGGCGGUUAUAGCUGGGGCUUAUGGAACACCAUACCAAGAUGGUCUCUUCUUUUUUGAUUUUCACCUUCCAUCUGACUACCCUAGUGUGCCACCGUCGGCACAUUACCAUUCUGGUGGUUGGAGGUUGAACCCCAAUCUGUAUGAAGAAGGCAAGGUCUGUCUUAGCCUUCUUAAUACGUGGACAGGCAGAGGAAAUGAAGUCUGGGAUCCCAAAUCAUCUAGCAUCCUUCAAGUCCUUGUUUCACUCCAGGGAUUAGUGUUGAAUUCAAAGCCUUAUUUCAAUGAAGCCGGGUAUGAUAAGCAGAUAGGAACUGCAGAAGGAGAGAAAAACUCACUGGGGUAUAACGAGAAUGCCUUUCUUCUAAAUUGUAAAACCAUGAUGUAUCUUAUGCGGAGACCACCAAAGGAUUUUGAAGAACUCAUCAAAGAUCAUUUCAGAAAACGCGGUUAUUACAUCUUGAAGGCAUGUGACGCCUACAUGAAAGGAUAUCUAAUAGGUUCUCUCAGCAAAGAUGCCUCGGUUAUUGAUGAAAGCUGCAGUGCUAAUUCAAAUUCGGUUGGUUUUAAGCUUAUGUUGGCUAAGAUUGCGCCAAAGCUAUUCUCAGCGCUGAGUGAGGUAGGCGCUGACUGCAAUGAAUUCAAGCAUCUUCAGCAGCAGCAAUAACACAAGCCUCAAAGGAUAUACACCAAUUAUAUUGCCAAUUAACCAAGUGAAGGUUUUGUGGCUUCUUUAUUAUUACAAGUUUUGAACUCAGAUAUGUCUGAAAUGUGCGGGUCAGAGUUUUUUUUUGAGUUAUGCAAGAAUUGCAUGUUCCUGAGUUGUAACCCCAUCUGCUCCAGCAAUAUUGACAAAGUUUUUUUUGGCUGUUUUGGAGUUUGCUUAAAAGUUUUAGGGGUGUACACUACAACACUUGUUUUGUCAUAUGGAUAAUUAACUUCAGACAGAUUAUUUCAAAUGAAGUUAUUUUGCUUU